AUGGCCGCCCUGUAUGCCUGGCUGGUGGCUGCACUGCGCGCAGCCUUCCUCGAGCAGCAAUACCAGACAUGCCAGGUGGCAGAGGCUGAGCUGGCAGACAGCGACUCACGUUUCAGGUCAGUGAACGGCAUCAGCGUCCACUACAAAGCAGCCAACUACGCAUCCGCUCAGGCCGGUUCAGCCGUCGUCCCUGCCAUUGCCAUGUACCACGGGUUUGGCGCAAAUACCUUCAGCUGGUCCUUUGUGGACCGCAAGCUGGCCGCGCAGCUGAAAGCCCUGGUGGUGUCCCAUGACAUGCCCGGCUUUGGACUCACCCAGAGGACGCCAGACGUGGCGGACUACAGCAUUCAGAGCAACGGACGCAUUGGGCGCAAGGUGUUGGACGCCGAGCUGGCCGCCAACAGCCUCAUCCCUGCUGCCAGCACGCAGCCUGCCAAGAAGCCAGAUGCGUCAGGGGACGCAUAUGCCCUGGCGGCGGAUGCAACUUCAAGCGGACUGGAGGGUGGUGGGCGGGUGCGCCGGAUCCUGAUUGGCCACUCCCUGGGCGCUGCCUGCGCGGCGGCAGAGGUCAUUGACCACCCUGAGGGCAUCGCCGCGCUGAUCCUUGUGGCUCCUGCAAUCGUCGCUCCAAUCUUUGGCAAAUCCAGCAGCUCCGUCGCCCCCAAGGAGGCCGCUUCAUCCGACAUCGAGCUCACAAAGUCUUCCCAGCAGACAUCCAGACACCGCAUCCAUGUUCAGGGCCAGGUUCUGGCGACGGAGGCGGCCGCUGCGGUGGCGCGGUGCGCGAUAUGGCUGACGCAGCCGCUGCUGGUUCUGGCGCUGCGCUCGGCCGUCCGCUCGCGCGCAUUCUGGCAGCGCGGCCUCGGCAGCGCCUGGUAUGCAAAGGACGGCGUUACGCCCGAGAUCCUGGACGCGUAUCGCCUGCCGCAGCUGGUGCGCGGGUGGGAGUGGGGCCUCCUGCGCUUCCUGAGAGCACGCGUGGCCGGGGGCAAGAACGUGUGGAAGGCGCUGCAGAGUGGCUACGCGCAAGCCACCCGCGGCCAGGCAGAGCGCCUUGCGCACGCCGUCGCGCAGCACGACAUCAAGGUGCUGGUGAUCCAUGGGGAGCACGAUGCGCUGGUGCCGAUGUGGAACAGCCGGCGGCUGGCGGACGCGCUGCCGGGCGCGAGUAUGUGCGCGUUCCCUGCCUGCGGCCACAUGCCCAUGGAGGAGUGCCCCAACCGCUUCAUCGACACCGUCGCAGAAUUUGUCGCAGGCAUCUGA